UCACAGCACAGACUGAUACUUCGGAGCUCAGAGAAACAGGUACAAGUACAUUUAAUACAACUGUUUGCUAUUAGAUUCUUGUUACACCUUUUUGUUUGAGCUUCUGUCUCGUAGAUUAGGUGGAGAUGCCUCGUCUGAAGGGCCACAACCGCUCCAAGGCGGCCAGGGCGAGGAUGGAGGUCCGCCUUUCUCGACCAGUGGUUGACACCUGUCCACGCCGUGGUACAGGUCGUCGCCAUGUCGCAAGGAGAUGGCCAGUUUCGUCCCUCACCGGCAGGAGCCACAAGCUGGUCAUCCCGGCCGAAUCACCCGACAAGAAGUUUGUUUUUCUUGUCGGGGACUCCCACCUGAGGCCCAUCGUCGAUGGCUUUGUGAAGAUGCCGGAGAGGGGCAUUUCGUUUGGUGCCAUGUCGACGCCUGGGGCCUGUGCCAGGGACCUGAGGACCGAGUUGGUGAGUGCGGUCCUCCCUAGGACACCUGACCUUGUUUGUCUUCUCGCCCCCAGCAACAACCUGACUGCGAGCAGGACCGUGGAUGAGGCAGGGGUCGACUUCGAGAGGCUCCUUGCCAGCGCUUGCGCUCGGUGGCCGAAGGUGUUUGUCCUGGACUUCCCUCCACGCCUGACCGUUGACGCAGGUCUCCAGGAACUCUUUCGUCAGGAGUUUCAUCGCGUGGCAGCACGCAAGGGUGUGAGGUACUACUCCCUUGCGGAGUAUUUUCCUCUUCAUCGCCUUGAUCUGUGGAGUUGGGAUGGCGUGCACCUGAGCGACAGACCAGGAAUGGAGCUCCUGGCGGACGUGCUGUGGGAAAUCUCCGAUCGGCUGCUGAAGACAACUGCUGAGGUGGAGGUUCGUCCCAGCACUCCGCCACCCACUCCAUCUCCUCCGCCACGCCCAGGUCCCAGAGUUGUUGUGAGGGGAAAGAUCCGCUCCCCUCGUCCAGCACGCAACCCAUUGGAUUGGACGCUGGUUGGACCACGCAAGAAGAGGAGCUCCCCAGUGCCACUGUCUCCUGAUGCUCCCAAGAGGGGGAUGGUUCAGCUUAAGGAGUGUUGCAUCCCGCUUACACCUGUGUGGUUCAGCCCAGCCAUUCUGGAGUCCAUGAACCAGGUCCGUCCGGCUGACCUUGGUGACCCUGUGGAUCAUCCAGCUGUCCAAAAGCAACGAAUGAAGGUGGAUCGUCGCCGCAGGGCUCUUGCUCCCAAGAAGACCCGGGAGAGGCAGCAGGUGGAGCUAGAGGAGGAGUGGCCCUUACCUACAAGGGCUGUGGUGAAAGUGGUGGAGCGACGCAGGAGAACUACUGCUUCCCGCAGGCCUCUGGCACAGAAGCAGGUGGAGGCAGCACCGCGUGUGGGGGAGGAGUCUGUGGAGCCAUUUCAUGCCAUGGAUGUGGUAGUGGAGGAGGAGGGUCAGCACACACAAAGAUCCAGCAAAGGUCAGAGUGAUGCUUUUCUUCCUUACCCGUCCACAGAUGUGAAUGAGCCCAGUACUUCUGUUGGGGCUCCAGUUCAGACUCAGGUUCAGGUUGAGGUUGAGGUUGCGGUUGAGGUUCAGGCUCAGGUUGACUGUGAUGGUGCAGCUGAGCCAGAGGAUCACAGUCCUCCCAGGGUGGAUGGUCAUGCAGUACAAGGAUCAUUUCAUCAGGGGGAGGGUCUGUUUGAAUAUGCAGGAGUACAGUGUAUGGCUGUGGCUUUAGUAAGCCUUGCCAAACACACAGACAGCACUGUGUUUUCCUGGCAAACUCGAGAUGUGGACACUGUUCUCCUUUUGGGGGACGAGUUGUACACAUCAUUGCGAGAAGGCAACGUGAUCAGUGAUGGGUAUGAAAUUUUGUGUGUUUCAGAGCUGCCCAAACAGUGGGUGAUUGAUGGGCAGACCUGUUACUUUGAAUAUCCCGAAGUGGUCAGUGGAGCUUUAGGUGGGGUUGAUGUGUCCCUGAUCGAGGGUGGUCAUUGUCACACUCUUGAAAAGGGACUGGAAAAGAUGUUUGCUACGUAUGACACAUGUCUUCUGACAGUGUGUGGCAGUACGUAUGCAAUCAUUAGUCAGAAUGGCCACUAUGCGUUUGUUGAUUCCCAUUCGCGUGAUGCUGCUGGAAUGCCAGACAUUUCUGGGUGUGGACAAAGCAUUGUGUCCUAUUUCAGCAGUCUUGAAGGUCUUCAAGAUCACAUCUGUGCUUUGGCUGAAGCCCUUGGUUUAAGCAACAGUGCAUUUGAGAUCGCCAGUGUUACGGUGAGUUACACAGCCCCAGUCAGAAGCAGUGAUAGGUGUGUCACUGUGGAUGAUUCCGAUGUUGAAUGUGUUGGUGAUGUGAAUCCUAAACAGCUCCAGUUUAAUCCCAUUGGCAAAUAUGUUGCCCAGGCUGUAUGUAGACAGCUGAAUGUGGAGUAUGAGAAACUCCUUGCACCAGUGUCUACAUCAGUUGGUCCGUUGGGGAGUCCAUGUAGGACUGAGAGCAUUGUGGCUGAUGGGAACUGUUUCUUCAGAGCAGUGUCCCAAGCUGUGAGUGGUUCACAGAAAAGCCACAAGAAGAUCCGAAAUGCUGCUGUGAAGCAGCUACGAUUGGACUCUGGAGAAUACGAGAAUAUCUUAAGAGAUGAGUAUUCUUCGAUUGCACAGUACCUUCAGGACAGUAGGAUGCAGUAUGCUGGAAGCUGGGCUACUGAGGUUGAGAUUCAAGCCACGGCAGAUUAUUUAGGUGUGAAUAUCUUCACAUGUCACAAUGGCCGGUGGCUUGAAUAUACUUGCAGUAGUUGCAUUUCUUCAGAGUGCAUCUACUUGGAAAAUAAAAGUGGUAACCACUAUGACGUUGUUGUUUGUGUUCAUGUGCCUGAACAACAGAGUUGCUAUGGUCAUUGCAAAAACGCUGUGUCUUUUUCUGAAGUGGUGAAAGUAAAUGAUAAAAUUAAAAGGAAGUAUCGGGAAAAUGUUUCACAUAGAGAGAGCGAUAUUCAAAGACUAAAGAAGAAAUAUCGUGAAAAUAAAGCACACAGGGCGACUUUAAAAUCCACGAGCAAACAGAAAUACAGUAAAGAUGAAGAGCACAGGAAGACUGUAAAAGCCCUGAGCAAACAGAAAUACAGUAAAGAUGAAGAGCACAGGAAGACUGUAAAAGCCCUGAGCAUACAGAAAUACAGUAAAGAUGAAGAGCACAGGAAGACUGUAAAAGCCCUGAGCAAACAAAAAUACUGUAAAGAUGAAGAGCACAGGAAGACUGUAAAAGCCCUGAGCAAACAAAAAUACUGUAAAGAUGAAGAGCACAGGAAGACUGUAAAAGCCCUGAGCAAACAGAAAUACAUUAAAGAUGAAGAGCACAGACACAAUGUAAAGGCCAUGAGCAAACAAAAAUACUGUAGAGAUGAAAAGCACAGGCAGAAUGUAAAAGCCAUGAGUACACGGAAGUACCAUGGAAAUCGUGAGCAUAGGAGGCGUGUUGCAGCAUGUAACAGGAAGAGGAUGCAAGAAAUGAAAGAAAAGUCAAAGCAUUUUGAUUUUCUGAUGGAAAAAUUUUUGGACAAAGUCAGAGACGGUCCAGAUUUUGUGUGUUGCGUCUGCCAUAGAUUGUCGUUUAGACAUCAGGUUCUGAAUUGUAGGAUAGAUGAUUACAGUAAGAGUAAAAACUCAGCUGCAAUUGCCAAGAAAUGCAUAACAGAAGAUUAUUUACAUCAUUGUAAUGAUGAGUGUGUGAUGCCAUGUCACUGGGUGGAUACAGCUAAAGGUCAGCUAUGGAUUUGUUACGCAUGUCAUGGUAAGGUUAACAGAGGUGAAAUGCCACCGGAAAGUGUAACAAAUAGGUUAGAGGUUCAUCCUGUUCCACCUGAGUUGUCAUGUUUAAAUAGUUUAGAGCAGCACUUGAUUGCAUUACAUAUUCCCUUUAUGAAAAUGUUGGCAUUGCCUAAAGGCGGGCAAAAUGGAGUACAUGGUCCUGUGACAUGUGUUCCAGCUAACAUUGUUCAAACUAGCAAUGUGCUGCCCCGUUCCACUAUGGAAGGGUCUUUGCUACCUGUAAAACUGAAGCGUAAGCUAACUUACAAAGGGCAUUACAGGUAUCAGUAUGUUGACACUAUGCACAUUAGGGAAGCCUUGCGGUAUUUAAAACAGGCUAAUGUGCAUUAUAAAGACAUUGAGUUUAAUGAGGAGUGGCUCAAUGAAUUAGGCAGACAACCAGAUGUAGAGGAUGUAGAAGUAGGUAGUGAUGCUAGAGGAGGAUGUAGUGAGGAAAUGGCAGAUGUUGAAGAACAGAUUUUGCAUGAUGGACAGCAGGACUGUAUGUUACAGGACACUUGCUCCAUGGCUGUUGAUGUUGAGGAGGAAUCCCUAGAUCAGUAUUUUGAUGAUAUGCUGAGCCAGGAGAAAAGACAGGAAAGAUUGUGUGACACAGUAGAAAGUGGUGAUGCAACUUUAGAGGGUGAAGAUGAACUUUUGCAUGAUCGACAGCAGCACUGUAUGUUCCAGGACACCUGUCUCAUGCCUGUUGAUGUUGGUCAGGAAGCUCUGGAUCAGUAUUUCGACGAUAUACUGAAUCUGGCUCCAGGAGAAGGGAACAGUCCUGUGAAAAUGCUGUCUGAUCUUGCAAAUGAAGCCAAAUGCUUCCCAGUGUUGUUCCCCCUGGGACACAACACCUAUCAUGAGAGUAGGCCAUAUCGUUUGACAAUGUCACGAUAUCUUAACAACAGGAUUCUACAUGCUGAUAGCAGGUUUGCUCAGAAUGUAGAAUACAUCUUUUUUGGUCAGUACAUGUCUGAAAUUCAACAGGUUGUGUCCAGUGUGUCGAUUGCCUUACGAAAAGGAAAGGGAGACGGUACGACACAAAAGGUAAGCAACCGCUUGUUGAAAGAUGACGAGUCUUUGAAGAAGCUGUUGCAGUAUGAUGAAGGGUAUCGUUUUCUCAAACCGAUCAGAGGUACCCCGUCUUUUUGGCAAGGAGUACAGCGUGACUUGAUUGCUUGUGUUCGUCAGCUGGGUAUUCCUACGUGGUUUUGUUCAUUUUCUUCUGCUGAUCUGCGGUGGACUAAUCUUCUGCACAGUAUUCUGAAGCAGGAAGGGAGAACUCAGACAGUAGAAAGUUUGGAGUGGGCAGACAGAUGUGACCUGCUCCGACGUAAUCCUGUCACUGCUGCCAGGAUGUUUGAUUUCCGCUGGCAUGUUUUUCUGAAUGAGGUUCUCAAGUCUCCAUUGCAUCCAAUCGGUAAAAUUAUUGACUACUUUUACCGAGUGGAAUUUCAGCAGCGAGGUUCGCCUCAUGUUCAUUGUCUGUUUUGGAUUGAGAAUGCCCCCAAGAUAGACGAAAACACAGAUGAAGAGGUAGUUCAGUUCAUCGACAAGUAUGUAACAUGUGAACUACCUUCACAAGACGAAGGUUUACUUGACAUUGUGACAUCUGUGCAGCAACAUUCAAAGAGGCAUUCAAAGACGUGUAGGAAGAAUAAAACUGUUUGUCGGUUCAACUUUCCCAGACCUGCUUCCUCACAGACAUUUGUGUGCCGCACCACAGAAGAUGAGGCAUCCAAAAACAUGUGCCAAUGUAAGAAUGUUGAUGUCAACACAAAUCAGGUAAUAUGCACAUGUGGGAAACGGGGUAAGGACAAGCCUGAGAUGAUGGAUAAAGAGCUUGCCUCUAACAUUUUGAGAGUUAUCAAGAGUGCUCUGUCAAAUGAGGACCUUACCUUUGAUACCACAGAAAAUUUGUUUCAAUCUUUGGGUAUCAAUCAAGCCCUUUUUGAGGCUGCAUACAAACGUUGUGCCAGAAAAACACACGUUGUUUUAAAAAGGCAGCCUAAUGAAGUUUGGAUUAAUCAGUAUAGUAAACCACUGCUAAAAUGCUGGAAUGCAAAUUUGGACAUCCAGUAUGUGGUUGAUGCAUAUGCCUGCAUUGUCUACAUCAUUUCUUACAUUUCCAAGGCAGAGCGGGAGAUGGGAUUGUUGUUGGCGAAUGCCCAGAAAGAGGCUAGUAAAGGUAAUGUCAGUGCAAAACAAGCAUUGAAAAACUUAGGCAGUGUUUAUCUUCACAACAGAGAUGUGUGUGCUCAAGAAGCAGUUUAUAGAUUAACAAACAUGCAUCUGAGGGAAAAUUCUAGGAACGUUGUGUUUGUCCCAACAGGGGAAAAUGUUGUGAAAAUGAGCCUGCCUAUAAAUGUGUUGAGGGAAAAAGCAACUGCAAAUGAACUUACCACUUCAGACAUGUGGAUGACUAGUUUGGUUGAGCGUUACAAGAAUCGACCAAACGACAGCACAUUUAAUAACAUGUGCAUGGCAACAUUUGCUUCAGAAUAUCGUAUUCUGACCAAAAAUCAAAAAUCCAAGAACCCAAUUAAAUUGAACAAUAAUUGUGGUUUUGUCACUAAAAGAACACGAACACAACCGGCAGUUGUUCGUUAUAUGCGCAUUUCUGAGACCAAAAAUUCAGAAUUAUUUCACAUGUCUAUUUUGCAGUUGUUUUUGCCCUAUCGUGUAGACCAGCAGUUGAAGCCUCCAAAUUUUGAAUCCUUUGAACAGUUUUAUGAUGAUGGUCAUGUUAGGUUGAGUGAUGGGUCAUUACAGUCUGUCAAAUCAGUGGUUGACCAAAACAGAGGCAGGUUUGAAAAAAUUGACUCAGCAACAUUGACUAAUAUCCAGGAAUCGGUAGAUCUCAGCGAUGAAUUUGAAGAUGCCUGGGCUCAACUGUGCCCAGAGCAAGAGAUCGAGCGAGCUGAUAGCAAUCAGGAACGGACAGAGAGCAGACAGGUUGUGGAGGAAAACGAAAUAGAAAACAUUCCAGAUUUAGCGGUCACCAGUGAACAGGUUGCACAUUUGGAAAAGAAAACCAACAUCAUGUGCAGAAGUGACGGAUUGGCUUUGAUUAGGUCUUUGAAUGAAACACAGCUGUCUAUUUUCUAUAAAAUUCGUCAGUGGUGUUUGGCCAAGAUCAACGGUCAAAACCCUGAUCCAUUUCAUGUGUUCAUCACAGGUGGUGCAGGUACAGGGAAGAGUCAUUUGAUCAAGGCCAUUCAAUAUGAGGCAACGAGGUUAUUGUCACCAGUGUGUCGUCAACCUGACAACAUUUGUGUCUUGUUAACCGCUCCCACUGGGAUUGCUGCGUACAAUUUGCAUGCAUCAACUAUACACAGCACAUUUAGCAUUGGAAAGGAUGUGCGCUUGCCAUACACCCCUUUGGGUGAAGAGAAGCUCAAUUCUUUGCGGGCUAAAUAUGUUGAUUUGCAGAUAUUGAUAAUUGAUGAGAUAUCAAUGGUGGACCAUAACCUCUUCGCUUAUAUUCACGGCAGACUGAGGCAAAUUAAACAGACCGGUGACUAUUCCCCAUUUGGGAAAGUCAGCGUGAUUGCUGUUGGAGAUUUUUUCCAGCUUCCUCCAGUCCGAGGUAAACCUCUGUACAUUGACAAUGGACCCAUCAACUUGUGGUCUAGUUUUAGUGUUGUUGAGCUGACUGAGAUAGUCAGACAGAAGGAUGGUGUUUUUGCACAGCUGUUGAACAGAGUUAGAACUCGUUCAAAGGGUACCCCCAUGCUGCAGAGUGACGUAGACAUUUUGAAAAAUUGUGAAACCGGUGAAGUCAGCCCAGCUUUACACAUUUUCCCAACAAAUAUGCAAGUAAAUGGGCACAAUACUCUGCAGUUAAGGGAGACCUGUCUCGACUAUGUCGAGAUUAAUGCUAAAGAUUACGUGAAUAGCAAGAAAACAGGGAACCUUGAGCUGAAAGGUCGACAUCAUGCCAACACUUCUCACACAUGUUUGGCUGAGAAGUUGUUGCUUGGCAAGGAUGCACGGGUGAUGUUAAUCAAAAAUAUCGAUUUAAUGGAUGGUCUAGUGAAUGGUGUUUGUGGCACUGUAACAGACAUAAUUAGGUCAGAGACUAGUGAUUUUCCUCUUAAAAUCUAUGUGAAGUUUGAUGACGAGCAUGUGGGUGCACAGAGGAGGAAGGAGUCACCAAAUGUUCCCAUAGAUUUAAUUGGUUCUACAGCCAUUGAACCAGAAGAGGAAAGGGCUACAAAAAAUGGUGGCAUGAGACGACAGUUUCCCCUUAAACUGGCAUGGGCUGUUACAGUACACAAAGUUCAGGGAAUUACUGUUGAUGAAGCUGUGGUUUGUCUUGAGAGGGUAUUUUCAGCUGGGCAAGCCUAUGUUGCAUUAAGUCGUGUUAGAAAUUUGUCAGGAUUGAUAAUUCAAGAUUUCAAAGAGAAAGCAAUAUAUUGCAAGGACGACAUUAAGGAUGCAAUUCAGAAUAUGCCCAAAUUCCCGAUAGAAAAUGUAUUCACAGAACACAGAUUAAGUACACAAACAUUCACUGUGUUCUUGAUGAAUGUACAAAAUUUAACUCUUCACCUUGCAGAUUUGGCAACAUGUACACAGCAUUUGCAGCUUAACUGUAUUGCUGUUACAGAAACAUGGCUACCAGCUUCUCCACCAGCCCAAACACUAAACAUUGAUGGCUAUACUUUUCAUAGUUGUCCUCGCAGUUCGUCCUAUUCUAGCAACAAUCUGGCCUUAAUUGCUUUGCAAGGACAACAACAUGGUGGAGUGGGCAUGUACACUUCAAACAGUGUGGCAUAUGAAAGACUCCAAAUGCCUGAUGUAAAUUUAGAAUGUUUAAUUUUUAAAUUCAUUAGUUAUGAGAUAUUGGUAGCCGUGAUUUACAGACCACCUUCAUAUCUCAUGUCUUUGUUUAAAGAACAUCUCGGCAAAUUAAUUGAUUGGCUCGAUCCACAGUGUGAAACUAUCACAAUCAUGGGAGAUUUCAAUGAUGACAUUUUAAAAUCAUCAUCAAUCUGCAAAUUUGUAACUGACAGAGGCUUUGUUCAGAACGUCUCAGAACCAACCACAGAGAGAGGUACUUUAAUAGAUCACGUGUAUUUAAAGUCCUCACAGUAUGUUGUUGGGUCUGUUGUUUGUCCCACUUACUUUAGUGAUCAUGAGGGGAUUUUGUGUCCAGGAAAGCAAAAGGCACUGGUGUUGGACUCCUGGUUUUACCAGGACGGGGUUCAAUUCCCUGUGGUGCCCUGCUUACUGAUUUGA